UAUUCUCUCACCUGCGUCUCUUCCUGAUACUUCUACAAGCUUCGUCUCACUUCCAGCGACUGAAAGUUCCACGCUUUCAUAGUUUCCCCUUCCCCAAGUUUCUCUUGUAUAGCUUCAAAAUCCUUAAUCCGUUUAUCCAAAUAGCAAAUUUCACAAACCUUCGAUUCCUUUGAACAUGGCGGGCAGAGCGCCUAGGCUUGUGAGGUCAGCCUAUGCUGCUAUGAACGCCAGAAACAGUGGUUGCUCCGCUCCUCAUCACAGUCGCCUCUUUGUGCCUCUCUCCGCUGAACUCUCUGGUGUGACAAUCGCUUCGAAUGGUAUCUCUUCGGUUGCUUAUUCACCGACGGGAGUCACAGACGGGGUCGCUAAGUCUGUCAAUUCCUUGAAUGGCGUCGAGAAGGGUCCCCUUCGUCUUUUUCACUCCUCUACUCCUUCGUACCAUGCUUCUGUGAGCUCCUCUCAGGUUAAUCAGUCAGAGUACACUGAGAUGGCAUGGGAGGGAAUUGUCGGGGCUGUUGAUGCAGCACGUCUUAGCAAGCAACAAGUGGUGGAAACUGAACAUUUAAUGAAAGCACUUCUAGAGCAAAAGGAUGGUUUGGCUCGUAGAAUAUUCACAAAAGCUGGCAUUGAUAAUUCUUCGGUCUUACAGGCUACAGAUGACUUUAUCCGACAGCAACCUAAGGUUGUAGGUGAUACCAGUGGGCCCAUAAUGGGUUCACAUCUUCAAUCUCUCUUGGACAAUGCGAGGAAACAUAAAAAGGAAUUGGGUGACGACUUCUUGUCAGUGGAACACCUAUUGUUAGCAUUUCUGAAUGAUAAAAGGUUUGGUCAGCAGUUAUUAAAGAACCUACAACUUGGUGAAAAGGAGUUGAAAGAUGCUGUCCAAGCUGUUCGUGGAAAUCAAAGAGUUACUGACCAGAGUAUAAAUCAUCCCUUUAAUAUGUUUGAUUCUUGAGCAGCUAUACUGUUA